AGCACUUCGGACUCCAAACAUCCAGCCAACUAGCCGAAGGAGGCUAAUAUCUCUCCUUCUCACUCAACCGCGUCGGCAAUAAGCCUUUUCUCAGGUUUUCAAAUGCAGAAUAACCACUGUUAUUUUCGAUAAGUCUCGGGGAUUCACUGCUGGCCUUCUUCACGCCGUGUUGAUUAAAAAAAAAGGUUAUAUUAGAAGGAAAUGAGCUGUGGCUGGCUAGCAGCGGCUGUUAGCUCCGGGAGGCGCCAGGCGGUGGAACCAUUACUGUAAAGCGGCUUCACACCGCCGGCUGUCGACAGAUCACCGUCACACAGCAGCCAGAACAGGAGGGAAAGUGUGUUCCUUGGCCUAUGAGAAAGCCACGUCGAAAAGGCCAGGUGGCCAAAGGAGGAGGACAAGAUGGAGAUGUCAGAAAGUCGAAGUCUAAUGGGACAGUUGGCGGGCGUGGGGGUGCUCGCCAGCGAUCGCCGUCCCCUUACAGCCUCAAAGCAUCUCCAAGCAGAGAGACACUGACCUAUGCCCAAGCCCAGAAGGUGGUGGAGGUGGAGCUGGAGGGUCGGCUUCACCGGAUUUCUAUUCUGGAGCCUCUUGAGGUCAUCACUGAUGAUGAGAUGAUGGCUCAGGACAUCAGUGAGUGUAACAGCAACAAAGAGAACAGCGAGCAGUCGUCGCCUCCUGCCAGCAGUGCCCCAACACCCCGGAAAGGUGUCACGCCCCGCGGCCGCAGGAAAGACUCCAAGACCUCCACCACCAAGACGCCACCGCCUUCCAAGAACAGUUGCCCCAAUUCUCACCCACAGUCACCUGAGAAAGUAACCACAUCAAACCAUCACCACAUGACCCUCCCUGAACCGAAGUUUCGUGUACAAGAAACCUUCAAGCCCCUGGAGGCGGCUCCCCUCCCUGCAGCCUAUUACCGUUACAUUGAACGCUCGCCUGAAGAGCAGGAAACUGAGGCGGAGUAUGACAUGGAUGAGGAGGACACCGCCUGGCUGGAUAUGAUCAAUGCUGGCCGGACGUCAGAGGGCUACUCAGUUAUCUCACCGGACACCUUCGAGCUGCUGGUGGACCGGCUGGAGGAGGAAGCGUACCGAGAAUCCCGCACCCGCGCUCCUUCUCAAAGCACUAUCGACGACGAUGCCUUCUGCUGCGUGUGCCUGGAUGACGAGUGCCUCAACAGCAACGUCAUCCUCUUCUGUGACUCCUGCAACCUGGCUGUGCACCAGGAGUGUUACGGAGUACCUUACAUCCCUGAGGGCCAGUGGUUGUGCCGCUGCUGCCUCCAGUCCCCCCAGAAACCGGUAGACUGCGUACUGUGUCCGAACCGCGGCGGGGCUUUUAAGCAAACGUGCGACGGGCGCUGGGCGCAUGUGGUGUGCGCUAUCUGGAUUCCUGAAGUCUGUUUCGCCAACACGGUGUUCCUGGAGCCCGUGGAGGGAGUGGGUAACAUUCCCCCCGCGCGCUGGAAACUGACCUGCUACCUGUGCAAGCAGAAGGGCCGCGGCGCGUCCAUCCAGUGCCACAAGGCCAACUGUUACACUGCUUUCCACGUCACGUGUGCGCAGCGCGCGGGUUUGUUCAUGAAGAUAGACCCCGUGCGGGAAACGAACGUGAACGGGACCACGUUCUCAGUUAAAAAGACAGCAUUCUGUGAGGCUCACUCUCCGCCAGGACAGGACACCCUGUCGGAGGAGGAGGGUGAAGGGCGAGUGGUGGGCAGCAGAGGGAGGGCGAGUCGGGGGCGGAGUGCCUACACGGAGGGUCCCACCACUCCCAAGAAAGGCCGAAAAUCUGACUCUGAGGCUAAGACAGAUAAAAAGAAAGGGAAGAAGAAUACUGACUCGACAACGAGAAAUGCUGCUUCACCACAAGUACCAGUUCCCCAGAUCCCCACCAGCAGGCUCAAUAUCAUCUGCAAGGGAAUCCUUUUCCAAAGGAAAAACCAAUUCAUGCAGAGGCUGCACAGCUACUGGUUACUGAAGCGCCAGUCCAGGAAUGGCGUGCCGCUGGUUCGGCGUUUGCACUCUAACAACCAGUCCCAAAGGAAUACGGAACAGCCUGAAGUGGACGAGAAAAUCUCUGCGGCAAGAGAAGCACUACGGUACUGGCAGAAGCUCCGGCACGAUCUGGAAAAAGCCCGGCUGCUGGUGGAGCUCAUCAGGAAGAGGGAGAAGCUGAAGAGAGAGCAGGUCAAAGUUCACCAGGCAGCUCUGGAGAUGCAGUUGACCCCGAUGCUGAUGCUGCUCCGCUCCACUCUGGAGCAGCUGCAGGAGAAGGACACUGCCCACAUCUUUGCACAGCCAGUGGACAUCAAGGAGGUCCCAGACUACCUGGAGUUCAUUCGCCAGCCGAUGGACUUUUCCACGAUGUCCUCGAAGCUGGAAAACCACGCCUAUCGCUCCGUGGCCGACAUGGAGUCCGACUUCAACCUGAUGGUGUCAAACUGCCUCCUCUAUAACUCCAAGGACACGGUCUUCCACCGGGCGGCGCUGCGCCUGCGGGACCUCGGCGGGGCCGUCCUGCGUCACGCUCAGCGACAGGCCACGAGCACGGGGCUGGACCUGGACACCGGCAUGCACCUCUCAGAGUCGCCUCAGAAACGAGACUUCUACAGCUGCACCUGGGAGGACGUCGACAGCGUGCUGGAUCCUAACAACCGGCUGCACAUGUCGGUGGAGGAGCAGCUGAAGGAGCUGCUGGAGAAGAUGGACUUCGUCUCGUCCAUGCGCUGCAGCGGCGCCCGGACCCGCCGCAUCCGCCUCCUCCGGCGCGAAAUCAACAACAUCCGCUACAGGCAGGGCCAGCCGCCCCGCCACGGCCUCCACAACGGACACCUCAAGGAAGGCGAGGAGGAGGAGAAGGACGAGGAGGAGGAGGACGACGACAAAGGCGCCCGGGCGGACGGCGGCCUCCCGUCUUUGGACAAAGAGGACAAAUCCGCCUCCCCGCCAACACUGGAGCGCACGGGCCCGGCGCCUCCUCCGCGCCUGGGCGACGCCCCUCUGGAGCCUCCCACCCUGCGGCCCAUCACGGGGGAGCCCCCGUCCCCCAGCCGGCCCUGCAAGCGCCUCAAGAUGGACUGCGAGCUUUCAGGCGGCGCCGCCGAGAACUUUAAUUGCACUAAAGCACAGGAGCGGCCCGCAUCGCCGCCUCCGACUUUGCACAGCGAAGGGCAGGCGGUGACGAACGGCCUCCCGGAGCCCAGUGGCCCGCCGCGGCCCGCCACCGGGGGCGUGGGACGACGGACCUCCGUCCUGUUCAAGAAGGCGAAAAACGGAGCGAAGCUGUUCAGAGAAAGAGAAAACCCCCUGCUCAACGGGAAGGGGCCGCAGGACGACAACACGAGCAACGGGCCGGCCAGGCCCUCCAGCACGCCCUCCAGCACGCCCUCCAGCACGCCCUCCAGCACGCCCUCCAAGACCCCCCAGAAAGUCCCGGGACCCCCCAGCCUCAGCGAGCUGUCGUUCAGCAGCAGGGACCCGUGCUCCGAUAGCGAGCCGGAGAAGACGCCAAACCACGCUCUGGAAAGCGGACUGACCAACGGCUUCAAGCAUAAAGACGACGGGUCCGACUCGGAGUACCACCCCUGCCCAGUCCUCCAAAAAGAGAUCAGCUCUCCCCCCAAACGGAGCCUCGGGAAGCCCGCCCUGUCCAAGGUUCCCCUGCUGGAGAUCGUCAACGGAGACUCUGAUUACACAGGCAACGGCAGCCACAUGUCAGAGGACGAGACGGAGCUGGAGCCGCUGGACUUGGUGUGGGCGAAGUGCCGAGGAUACCCCUCCUAUCCCGCUCUGAUCAUCGACCCCGAGAUGCCAGAGGAGGGCCUGCUGCACAACGGGGUGCCCAUCCCCGUCCCGCCCAAAGACGUCCUGCGGCUGGGCGAGCAGAGGCAGGAGGAGGCCAACGAGAGGCUCUACCUGGUGCUCUUCUUCGACAACAAGCGCACGUGGCAGUGGCUCCCACGGGAGAAGGUGACGCCUCUGGGCGUGGACGACACGGCCGACAAGCUGCGGGUGAUGGAGGCCCGAAAGUCCAGCAUCCGGAAGUCUGUCCAGGUGGCGUACGACCGCGCCAUGAUCCACCAGAGCCGAGUGAGCCACAGCCAGGGCUUCGUGGCCUCCACCUUCCUGUAGGGGGCGCCCGCGAGCCCCCCGCUAUGCAUUUCUCAUGGGUCUUAAAGCAGCAGGUGCAUCCAGCCGUCUGCGCCGCGGCUCCACCCCAAAACCACUAAGUGGACGAGCUCCAGGUUCAAAUGAAGUUACCUUUAAGGCCCGCCUUGCUGCAGCCGCCAGACGUUCACCCCCCCAGUUCAGGGACGUGAGGAAGAGUCGGCUUCCUCCCACUGUGCGUCUGGAUUAAAUGUAAACGGAUGUAAAAGAUUUCCCUUCUCUAUUUUCUCUAAUGCUACUGCCAAGGAAUCCAAGUGUCACACAAAGAGAUUUGACAUAUUUAUAUGAACUGCAGAAGACUAAUGAAUGGAUCACUGCCAUCUUUUAUACAAUAGCUUUUUACUUUUUAAAUCUUUUACAGAAGACACCUGUACAGUACAGAGGCACACGUUGUGUACAUAUGUACGUGUUUGAUCAAACCCUUUUGGAUUUCAGUGAAAAAGCGUCUUUCAAUCAGCCCAGAAGGGCCCGAAGCGAGGCUGUAUAUUCCAGGAGAGGAUUCCUGACUUGCUGCAGUGAACGUCGAGCUUGAUUUGAUGUCAUCGCAUCGUGACGUGUGUAUGUGCAUAUGUGUGUGUGUGUGUGUGUGUGUGUGUGAGAAUGUGUGUGUGCGUGUGUACAUUGAGAGCAUACAACACAAAGAGUCGUUGUUCUUUAUAUUUGAAUUCUCUUUUUUGAUACAGAAAUGAAUAAUUUAUUUAUGGAAGACAGAACUAUAGAGAUAAAGAUAUAUAUUGGUUAAAGGUGAGGAUGAGAUGGUAUUUAAACUAAAAGAAGCAACGCCCCGGUUCUCUCAGAUCAGUUCACACUUCAGCUCCACCGGUCAGCCCCACUCGCUCCCCCCUGAAGAUUAUUUAUUGUGGAGAGCCCCGUUCCAUCAGACCAAUCAAUACACCUUCAUAAGCUUGUACUACCUGUAUAUUUUACUGCUCACCAAAUAUUUUGUCUGUAACCAAUAUUUCCUCAUUUUGGGGAAUAAAUGCUCUAUUAAAAAUGUUUAAGAUCUUUGA